CACGCGUACAUAAAAAAGAUCACGGUCGUUGCAUGCAACACUUUGCCUUCGUGCCUCUAAGUGUUGCGGCCAACUCCACGAUGAAGACACCGACUGUCUACCUGCUUCUGCUGCUACUGAUCGCUCUUGCGUGUGCCGAACCGCCAAACCUGAACUGCUUUAUUGACGACACAAAAGUCGACGCUGUUGUAGCCUGUGUGUUUCAGAGAGCCACCAAAGAGAUUGCCAUGAAAAUAGACGGAGCCCGCAUUGGACUUCAAUGCCCCGACGUUGCUUGUGCUCUGCGAAAACUGUGCAGCAGAAAUCGGGGAAGAAUCCCUGCCCACACCACCAAUGCUUUCUACUCGGUGGAGGAAAAAGCAAUCAUUCGGGGACUUUUCGACACCUGCCGCAUCCAGGUGUCCUGAAAUAUCGAUUCAAGCCCAGCUGUCAUUGUGCUGUCAAAUGCAACGCAAUAAAUUGUGUUCAUCAUUGUA